AUGUACGGUCAAAGCGUAUGUGGGGCAUCUUAUUGGUGUCAUAUUGGUGCGACAGCUCAAACGACAGUUUGCUGUCCUGGGAGAGUGCAAGGACAAGCAAUAUGCAAUCAACCAAUGACCAAUGGUGCUGGUAAUGGGAAUCUUCAACGUUGGUACUUCGACCCUAACUCAAGGAAGUGUGUUCCGUUCAUAUACGGUGGCUACUUUGGUAAUCAAAACAACUUCCAGACCAUACAACAGUGCCAAAUGACAUGUCCAUCAUACGUGAACGCUUGUCCAUCUGGAUCGCCUCUAUUAGAGGCCAAUAAUUAUCCCCGACAAUGCCAAUUCGGUGUCGGUGCUUGCGGUGCCGAAUACUGGUGUCAUCUUGGCUUGGUACCGGCUGAGUAUCAGUGCUGUCCGGGUGAGCCAACAUAUCCUGCUGCAUGUCAAGGGCUACCGCCUGCGAUGGGUGUAAGAGAUCCACGAGCACCACCAGCCACUCGUUGGUACUACAAUCAACAAACCAUGUCAUGUAAUCAGUUCCAGUAUAACGGUCUCAAGGGCAACCAGAACAACUUCUUGACGAAAUCCGAUUGUCUACGGACGUGUCGCGCCUAUGUGAACGUUUGUCCAUCUGGCACUCCACUGCUUGCCGGCAAUAAUCGCCCUCUACCAUGCCAAUUCGGCGCCGACGCUUGCGGUGACGGCUAUUGGUGCCACUUGGGCUUGGUACCAGCCGAGUAUCAGUGCUGUCCAGGUGAGCCAACGAAUCCGGCCGCAUGUCAGGGAAUGCCAUACGCUGUGGGUGUCUCAGAUGGUCGAGCACCUCCAGCCACGCGUUGGUAUUACAAUCGACAAACAAUGACCUGCAAUACGUUCCAAUAUAACGGUCUCAAAGGCAACCAGAACAAUUUCUUGACAAAAGCUGAUUGUGAGCAAACUUGUCACGCGUAUGUAAACGUCUGUCCCACUGGAACACCGUUGUUAGCUGCUAAUAACCGUCCUCGUCCAUGCACUUUUGGUAUUGGUGCAUGCGGUGCCGGAUAUUGGUGUCAUUUGGGCUUGAUACCUGACGAAUUCCAAUGUUGUCCGGGUGAGCCAACAAAUCCAGCCGCAUGUCAAGGACUACCAUAUGCUGUUGGUGUUCCGGACGGUCGAGCACCUCCAGCCACACGAUGGUACUACGAUGUGCAGUCGAUGUCAUGUAGAACAUUCCAGUACAACGGUCUUAAGGGUAAUCAGAACAACUUCUUAACGAGAGCAAAUUGUCAACAGACUUGUCGUUCCUAUGUAAACGUUUGCCCAUCCGGAUCCCCACUGCUAGCCGGCAACAACCGUCCUCGUUCAUGCACAUUCGGCACUGGAGCGUGUGGUGCCGGAUAUUGGUGCCAUUUGGGCUUGUUACCGGAUGAGUAUCAAUGCUGCCCGGGCAGACCAACUAAUCCAGCCGCAUGUCAAGGACUGCCGUAUGCUGUUGGCGUAUCAGACGGUCGAGCACCUCCGGCUACUAGGUGGUAUUACGAUCAGCAAUCAAUGUCAUGUAGAACCUUUCAAUACAACGGACUCAAAGGAAACCAAAACAAUUUCUUAACAAGAGCCGACUGUGAGCAUACUUGUCGCGCAUACGUUAACGCCUGCCCAUCUGGCACCCCAUUGUUGGCCUCUAAUAAUCGUCCUCGUCCAUGCAAAUUUGGCCCUGGUGCAUGUGGUGCCGGAUAUUGGUGUCAUCUGGGUUUGGUACCGGCUGAANGGCAUCUCAGACUCCCUAGCACCACCUGCCACUCGCUGGUAUUACAACCAACAAACGAAAACAUGCGGAACGUUCCAAUACAAUGACUAUGUAAUUUCGAAAAUCCUAUCCAUCAAGCACGCACACGUUUAUCCACUUUUGUGUUCAUUCCAGCAUAUGUGAAUGCUUGCCCAUCUGGCACUCCCUUGUUGGCAGCCAAUAAUCGCCCACGACCAUGCAAAUUCGGUCCUGGUGCAUGUGGUGCCGGAUAUUGGUGUCAUCUGGGUUUGGUACCGGCUGAAUAUCAGUGUUGUCCGGGUGAACCAACAAAUCCGGCCGCAUGUCAAGGAUUGCCGUAUGCAGUGGGCAUCUCAGACUCCCUAGCACCACCUGCCACUCGCUGGUAUUACAACCAACAAACGAGGACAUGCGGAACGUUCCAAUACAACGGUUUGAAAGGCAAUCAAAACAACUUCUUAACAAAAUCGGAUUGUGAACAAACUUGUCAUACAUAUGUGAAUGCUUGCCCAUCUGGCACUCCCUUGUUGGCAGCCAAUAAUCGCCCUCGACCAUGUCAAUUCGGCGCAGACGCUUGCGGUGAUGGCUAUUGGUGCCACUUGGGCUUGGUACCAGCCGAGUACCAGUGCUGUCCAGGUGAACCAACAAAUCCGGCCGCAUGUCAGGGAAUGCCAUACGCUGUGGGCGUCUCAGACUCUCUAGCACCUCCAGCCACUCGCUGGUACUACAAUCAACAAUCGAAGACAUGCGAAACGUUCCAGUACAACGGUCUGAAAGGAAAUCAAAACAACUUCUUAACAAAAACGGAUUGUGAGCAAACCUGUCACGUGUUCCUCAAUCCAUGCAUUCGACCAAUCUCUCUUCCAAUAAAAACUUGCUCAGCUGUUGACAACACUUGUACUCCAGGCACAUUCUGCCUCAUUGGUAGCAAUGCGGCAACGAGUGUGUGCUGUCCAAGUGAAGGAAAUCCAUGUUUGUUGCCACAAACACCGGGUACUGGUAGCUUCAGUCUACAACGGUGGUACUUCAACUCACAGAGUGGUUCAUGCCAACAGUUCAUCUAUACGGGUUUGAAAGGAAACGAAAAUAAUUUCUUGACGAGAGAAAAAUGCGAAGAAACAUGCGGACCAAAUCCAUGCCCUCAAGGGCGUCCAUUCUUGGCACCUGAUGGAAGACCACAAUCGUGCAACGCUGCCGCACAGUCGAGCACGUGUCCAAAUUCGUACUGGUGUCAUACUGGAGCCAAUGCUCUCAAUACAGUCUGUUGUCCAAACGCAGUGUCGAAUCCUUGUUCGCUACCGUUAUCAACUGGUCAAGGCAGCGCCAAUCUGGAGCGAUUCUAUUUCGAUCCUUCAGUGCGAGCAUGUCGCCCAUUCAUUUACAAAGGAAGCCGGGGAAAUCAGAACAAUUUCCUGACAUUGCGAGCAUGCCAAAUGGUCUGUCAACCGCUCCAGAAUCCAUGCAUUGGACAGCCGGCGACGACUGCUGCCGGUCAGGUUCUGUUCUGUUCGGCAACCAACAAAGACACGUGCCCAGUGAAUUUCUGGUGCCACGUUGGAGCGAAUCCGGAAACAACUGUUUGUUGUCCUGGAGCCACAAAUCCUUGUUCCGUCCCGCUUUCACCAGGAACUGGUAAUGCAGGUCUUCAGCGAUGGUACUACAAUCCAGAUGACCGUGAAUGUCAGCCAUUCCAGUACAACGGUUUGAGAGGAAAUCAAAAUAAUUUUGAGACGCAAGCUGAAUGCACAAGGACGUGUCCAGUCUUGGUGAGUCCAUGUAUCGACGGCAAAGCAACCCGCAAGGAUGGCUCGAAGCUGAAACGUUGCAAUCCACUAAUCGCAAACAGUUGUGGCAAAGGAUAUUUCUGUUUGGCUGGCAAUAAACCGUUCAAGCGAAGUAGUUUUUGCUGUCCUAAACGAACAGGUGAUCCAUGCAAGGCGCUUAAAACCGAAGGUGAAGGCGAAAAGUUUUUACCAAGAUGGUAUUACAGUUCAACUGAACAGAAAUGUUUACCGUUUAACUAUCGUGGCCGUAAAGGAAAUGAGAACAACUUCCUCAGUAAACGCCAGUGUGAAAAAACUUGUCUUGCAGAGCGACUUUUCCUGAUAUGCGGCAUACAGGUUUUCUACGAUCUGCCGAAAUCAUGGGAUCAGUCAACUCGUUUCAUUCAUCUUCCAGAACUCGCAGUAUCAAAAGCAUGUUUCCGCAGCAGUGAACCGUUGAGAGUCGGUGGACGUAUCGUACGAUGUGCUAACUCACAGUCAUGCCCGAGCACUCAUUAUUGUCACAUUGGCGCUGAUUCACGAUCGAGCGUGUGCUGUAAACGAAUAGGUAAUGUAUGUGAACAAGAGCUGGUGGUUGGAGUAGGAAGCGCUCAAUUGUCGCGGUGGUAUUACAAUAACGUUCAAGGCGAAUGUUUGGAAUUUAUGUACAGUGGUCUUGGAGGAAACGAAAAUAACUUCAUAACAAAGAACGACUGUGAAGUCAGUUGCCCAGGUUCCUCUGAGAAGUGCCGUCAUGGAAAACCGUUGCCUAUGAACCGUCUCCUUACAAAGUUUAGUAACGAUACACACAAUCUGAAUACGUUUUGUCCCAAAGGAUAUAUUUCCCAAACGACCAACAGCGGCCCACAGUUUGCUUGUUGUCCUGAUCCAGCCAAUUACUGCCUCUUGCGACCAGGCGUAGGACCGUGUAGUUCGACCAUCCCACGCUAUAGUUUCAACAGAUUCACGGGAACAUGUCAACAAUUCAAGUUAUCAAGCGAUGAGGCCACGAAUCAGGGCGACUCAAGACUUCUACAGAUGCGUCAACUGAAUCAGUGUAUUGCAUUCGAUUAUACGGGUUGUGGUGGAAAUCUGAACAAUUUCCAAACGAUGACCGACUGUAUGGCAACAUGCGGUUCAAUUGGAUUCUAA